UGAAAAUUAAGUCACACGAAGACGUAAAAUAUUAUUCAUUUCGUAGAAGGAAAAUAGAAAAUUAUAUCGACAGAAAAAUGUACUUGAAAAUAUCAAGAAAAUGAAAAGGCAGUUUUAGACCUUAAAUGUAUGUAACCCGGCGGUUAUUGCUCCCCCCAUCAUAUUUCGGAAAAGAGAGGAAAAUUUAGCAGAGAAAAAAAUUUGUUGAGGAAAGUGGUCAACUCACUAAAAGAUCCAUUUCCUCACUUCUUCUUCUUCUUCUUCGUCAGAGCAUCAAACAACAACAAUGGCGCCCAGGAAGAAGACGACCGUGGAGCCCUCAGGCCGGGUCACCCGGAGCUCAGCUCGGGUCACCCGUAGCGGAACCCGCCAGGCAAAGCUCGACCCAAUUUCACCUCCUAUGAAGAAAGCCAAGAAAUCCCCCAAGCAGCCCAAGGCAAAGACGGCGAAACCCAGCUCCUCUGUUCCUGUGGAGAAACAAGUAGCCGAGACCGACACCAAGUCAGCUCACGGCGAUGGUCCCAAGAAAACCAUUAUUGUGGAGCAUUGCAAGCAGUGCAAUUCGUUCAAAACCCGGGCAUUGCAUGUCAAGCAGGCGUUGGAGAAAGAUCUUGAUGGUUCGGUCACCGUGGUUCUGAACCCAGAUAAGCCCAGGAAGGGUUGCUUUGAGAUUAGGGAAGAUGGUGAAGAUGGGGAGACGUUUAUCAGCCUUCUGGAUAUGAAGAGGCCCUUUACUCCUAUGAAGGAACUUGACAUGGAUAAGGUUGUUUCUGACAUUGUUGACAGGAUUAAGGCAUAAUUGUGGGUCUGGGUUACUGGAUUUUGGAGUUAAGGUAGUAGUGAGGGUGGUGGUUUCUUGGUUUAUGCCGGAGAUGACUAUGGAACAGGUUCGCUCUUAGUAGGGGUUUUUGAGAUUUUUUGUGAGUGUGACUUGCUAGAUUACCAUCAGUAUCGUUUUGUCGCGAUUUAGUAGCUAAAGAUGAAGUGUUAAUCUAGGUUUUAUUCUGAUCUUAACGGCAUACAUUAGCCUCGUGGUUUACUCUCUAGUGUUUUGACUCAUCGGAUUUAAGAUUUUAACUUGGUUCCCAAUGUGCUGCUGCAUAUUCAGAAUCUUGCGAAUGGUAUGAAGGAACUUAUUCCAUUCUCGUUAAUUUGAUGCUUUUUACCCGGUUCAUUAGUUUGGCUUGUGCAUGCUAAGUUGAAGUUUGCUCGUGUUUUUGGAAUUUCAUGUAGAAGUUCAUUCGAUGCUUGGAAAAUGUGAUCAUUAGUUUUUUUUGUGCAUACUAAGAUGGUUGUUGCAUGUUUUAGGCCUAUGAUACCAUGACCGCAAUGAUUAAAAUGAUAUAGUUGAGAUUAGCUUGAGAAACAUUCAAGAACUCUGGAAAACUUUUAGCAGUCUGUAGCUUCCUAGUGUAAAGAAUUUGGCCAGAAGGUGGUCCACAUUCUUCGAGCAGAGCAAACACAAUUGGUUCUUGAGCUCCUUGGUUCCCAUGUGAGAGUUCAUAGCUUCUUUGACAGAACCAGGAGACUGAUGAACAACAGGCCCUUGGAUAUUCAUUGCUGGACUAAUUAUUUGAUCCGUAAAGUUAUCUUCAGAAAUCCUGUGGUGUCAAUGUUCUAUAGUAUUCCAUUUUUACUGUGACUUUUGAGUGAAUUAGCACCACCUCAACCUUUGGUAUCUUCUCAAAUCCUGUUGUAUGUUCUAUAAUAUU